AUGCAGGACGAUGUACACAUGGUUGACGGCGUUUUAAUCCGUAAAGCAGGUCCUCCAUAUUACGAGCCGCUCAAGCCAACUCCCCCCACGUCGAUCCCACCGUUGCAUCCCUCCAGGGGCUUGGGAGAUGGAAAGUCCAACUCGUCCCCAGCCCCAGGCAGAAACCACCCCAGCAUGACCACCUUGCCAAACAGCUUCCAUGCCAUAAGUUCAGAGAAGCAGCAUAGUCCAAAUGGCGACGUCCCUUGGACCGAGCAUCUUGAGAACAUCCAGAACCAAAACACCCCUCCUCCGCGCCCACCUCGACCCAACUCAAACCCACAGUCCCCGCUGUCAACCCGCACCUCGCUCCUCACCAGGUCAUGGAGCCCGCGGUCGUCCGCCGAGACCACCGGCUUCAUCCUGCAGCACCCGCUCGCGCAACAAACACCGGCGAGCCCCGGCGGGGGUGGCAGCGUGAACAACCGCGACGCGCAGCAGGAGAAGCUGGCGCAGGAGCUGAUGGCGUGCCAGCAGCAGCUCGACAAGAGCCGGCACGAGUUCGAGGCGCAGCGGGUGGCGCUGCUCAAGGAGAUCGCCGAGCUGCAGACGCAGGUGCGGCUCAAGAAGAAGCAGCAGGUCGGGGUGCGGCGGGCGGCGGAGAAGGCGGCCGAGCUCGAGAUCAUGACGCAGCAGCGCCGGUUCGAACAAAAGAUCGCAGAGCUGGAGCUCGAGUGGAAGCUGCGCGAGGACGCCAUCUGGUCGCAGUUUUGGGAGAUGCGCGAGACGGAUCUGGCCGAGAGCAAUCGCCUUUGGGACAAGAGGGAGAAGACCAUCAAGGAAGAGUGCAGGACGUACCUGCGCCAGGCCGAGCAGGCCAACAACGAGAUCCGGUCCCUCGUCGAGAAGCUCGAGUCGGAGCUGGGCCGCGAGCAGGAGCAGCGCAGGAAGCUGGAAGUCGAGGCCAAGGAGAGGAGCAAGCUGCUGACCAGGGCGCACAAGGAGUUUGAGCAGGAGAGCGAGACGGAACGGGGGAUUCCAUCCGAGGGGGGCAGCAACAUCCAUGUGGCGGCGCAACCGGAGCAGAGCAGCGGGAAGGAAAAGGUGAAUGAGAUAGUCGUCGAGCCUCCGGCCCCUCCCAAGCCGCAGCCCCACCACACCUCGGACGAGGCCCUGGUCGCGUCCAUCAAGGCGCUGAGGAGGGCCAUACGGGAAUUUGUGAGAAUCUUCCUCGAGCCUCCCCAAGAAAGGAUCAGCCACCCUACACAGGUUCAACCCGGCCGCUCCACCGCGAGCAUGAACAACUACUCGGGCGUCUUGGGGUGCGUUACCCUUUCUGGCCAGCUCAAGGAUGCAGCGAACCUCAUCUUUUCGGACAACUUCCACACCUUCAUGGAGGCGUUACUAUGGAAGUAUUUGGAAAACCGAGUCCUCGGAAACUUCAUUUGGGCAGGUCGCGCGUCGAGGCAUCUGCAGGGACUUUUUUCAGUCCUCCAAGAUGGAAGCCCAGAAGUAAAACAAGAUUUCCAACAUUGGCGAUUCUCGACCACCAGGCUCAUCCUCGCCGCGGCGGGAGAUCGGACGGCCGUCGAGCUAGAAUAUCAGACCAAGAGGGACGCAGCCAUCGCCGAGAUCUGGUCGCUGACGGAGGGCACCAAGACCAAGGCCGACGAUUUCGACGAGUACCUGCUGCGGAUCGGGCGGCUGGUCGACCAGGCGGCGGCGCUGGACAAGGAGAUCUACCUGCGGCCGUACAUCACCACGUGGCGCGAGUGCCACCCGCAGACGCACCCGGACUUUGACCCCAUGCUCAUGACCCUGCCGGACGGCGAGGUGCCGCCGCCCGAGCUCAACCCCAAGGUCGUGCUGAUGGUCUUCCCGGGCCUGGCGAGGGAGGCGCUCGAGGAGGCCGGCGAGGACGAGCUCCUGCUCCAGCUCGAGGUGCUGUGCGAGAUUGGCCCGCUGGAGCGGGAGCCCCAGCACGCAUCCCGCGGCGUGCUCCAGGGCGUGCCUCAGGGGCUGUCCCACAGGCCGCCUCCGGAGCGCCCGCAGAGCGAGCCGGCGGCGCAGUUUUUCAGCAAAAAGGGCCUGCAGCAGGCCGCGGCGGCGUGCUUCGAGGCCGACGACGACGGCGGCCCCAGGCGGAGGAGGAGCGUGGGCGGCAUCUUGAAGAAGGUCUGGGUGUACGGGCAGCCGGCGACAGUUCAGGGUCGGUAG